CUCAAGGGCAUAGUCUCAAAAUCACUUGUAGGUCGACCAGGGUUAGCCAAGACAUUGGCGCGAUUGCGGGCAGGCAGUAGUCAGAGUGAUCCUCGAGGACAAGGAACACGUGGUGGACGAAGAAAAACCAUAGUUGGCGGUGCUUCGCCUCGAGAACAAGGACCAAUGAAACAGGAUGACAAUGCUGAAUAUAAGCUUCCUCGGAAGCUUAGCCCAGAUAUCGAACGAACGCUAUUCCAAGUAGCAGUGGACGACUCGCUAACUCAAUUGGAGGAAAGACGGC